GGGCACUCGCCCCUCCCGCCCCACUUUGGAGCACAAGCCCCGGGACUCCCGAAAGCCCAACAGCGCUCCAGAUGCUGAUUGGCUAGAGAGUUCUUAAGUAUUCAUGAGGGGGCGGGCUGAGCAGGGCUGCCCUUUGUUAACCAGGGAGGGCGCGGCCGCGGGCAUUCUCGCUGGGGGUCUCACCGGGCACUGUCGCCUUGUCAGCUUUCGGUCGAAAUGUCCUACAUCCCGGGCCAGCCUGUCACCGCCGUAGUGCAAAGAGUUGAAAUUCAUAAGUUGCGUCAAGGUGAGAACUUAAUCCUGGGCUUCAGUAUUGGAGGUGGGAUCGACCAGGACCCUUCCCAGAAUCCCUUCUCAGAAGAUAAAACGGACAAGGGUAUUUACGUCACACGAGUAUCUGAGGGAGGUCCUGCUGAAAUUGCUGGGCUGCAGAUUGGAGACAAGAUCAUGCAGGUGAACGGCUGGGACAUGACCAUGGUCACUCAUGACCAAGCUCGGAAGCGGCUCACCAAACGCUCGGAGGAGGUGGUCCGCCUGCUGGUAACUCGACAGUCUCUGCAGAAGGCCGUACAGCAGUCCAUGCUAUCUUAGCAGUCAGUGACAGUCUAGACUUGUGCCCGCUGACCUUUUUGUACAGUGAGAACACAUCCACGCUCUGUCUGUAUCUAAUUCUGGCUUCUGCUGUGUGCUGGGCCCCAGCUCUGAGGGGUAACAGCUGAUCCCAAAGGUCCAAGCCAACCUUCUUACCCCUCAAUUCCCCAGUCCAAGUCAUGGGACCAGAUCUCUCUCUUGGAUACUGAGGAUUGGAGAUAAGGGGCUGGAAUAGUAUUCAGUCUUCAGUAACCAUAGGCCCAUCCAGAGACCUGCUGGGGGUUUGGCCACAGCAGGGGCUAGGCAGUCAGGAAACACCUCUGAGAGAUGCCAAAGCUUGGAAGUGCCAAGUAGGGCCCUUUUCUUCCAGUUUGCUCUGGUUGAAGGGCUUGGCCCUGCCCUGUCACCUCCUCAGUGCCUCUCCCUAUGCUUCCUCCAUCAUGGUGCCCAGCCUGGGGCUGGACCCACAUAUGCCAGACAGAAUGAAGGCCACCUGGAUGAAGAGGGCAGGCUCCCACUCCCUUCAGUCCCCUAAUGGGUGCUGGCCUCCCUACAAGUUCCAAGACUGACAUUUCAAGGCAGCUCUCAGGAUUGCCAGUUUUCUCUACACCUGUGAGUUUAGCUUUUGUAUUUUUUAAGUCACAACUUUGAUACAAAAGUGUUUUUAUCUUACUGUUUGGAAAAGCCAAUUCUCCUUUUGAAUUUAGCUUACUAAUUCACACACCUGGAAGCAGCAACUUGUAGCAUGUGACCAAGCCAGUUGGUUACUAUGGAAAUGGGGCAGUAUGAUGCUACCCCAUGUUCAACACUUGUGUCCAAUAAACAACGCUGGAAUUUA